AUGCCCCUUGUACAUUGGGAUGAUGAUGUGCGCGUUCCAUUGACAUUAUAUCGUCAAGAUUCAAGUAAUAACACAUUAUCUCCGACGCAGCCUUCUAUCGAUGAAACUGCGUUGGACCAAUCGACCACAUCACAUACUUCUCAUCUCGACCAAAUACGAGAUGCAGCUCACUACAACAGUCUAAUUACAUGGAUGCGACAAUCAUUCCCGGAGAAGUGGGAUGCUGGGACAGGCGUAUGGCAGGCACCCCGCGGCAGGGAACAUACAUGA